UCUUAUUCCUUGACGAAAGAAACAAUAACAACAACAACAACAACAAUAAAUUGAAGCAAAAAUACGAAUUAAAAAAGGAGAAGAAAACACUUUUGUUUUUGAACAUUGUGAUGUUUGCACCAUCGCUUAUUUUAAGAAUCUCUCUCAAUCUUCCCCGUAAUAGUUCAAAUAUAUUGAAGGAAAAGUAAGUGAUAAAUCAGAUGGCUUGAUGCAAACAAUAUGUACAUACACAAAAUUUGAAAAACACAAGAGACGGACAACUAAAAUGAGUGAAAAAAAAUAUAUUGUGUGCGUUUCGAUGAAGAUUCUCUUUCACUAGCGCACAACAUAAUCAAAAAGUGUUUGUUUUUUUUUCCUUCUAUCGCAACGAUGAAAAACAAUUCGAUUAACAAGAAAUAAAAAUUCAGCAUUAAAGUGACACAUACACACACACACACACACACACAAAUUAAAACAAUUGGAACUUAAAUCGACGAAAUGUUUAUAGUGUAAAAUCAUAUAUAUUUGUGUGUGAAUUAAAUAGAAGUAAUAACAGUAAGCAAAAUUUUUCAAUUUGGCUUGCAAAAACGUUUGCAAAGUGAUUUUAAUUUGUGGUGUAAUCAAUAAUAAUAGAAGUCGAAGAAGAACUGGGAGAGGGAAACAAUUGAAAGAAAACAGUUGAAAAAUAUUUGCGUUUGCCGUCAUCAGAAAUCAACCGAAAUGGAUAGCAUGAUAUCAAAUUCAACAUCGAAAAUUGUGAAUAUCGUCGCCACUGUCAUCGUUGUAAAUAUCUUAAUGUAAACGAAAUUCACGGUGGCCAGCCAAAUAAAUUCAUAUAAUUCGAAAUGAAUCGGCUUAAAAUGGAUGCGUAUCAUACGUUCACACAAAAUCAUAGUCCUCCAGCAAGCCCCAGAGAGUGAACGCAACGAGCGAAAACAAAUCAAGAGGAAACAGAAGUAGUAUAAGAAGUAAAACCAUGUUUAAAGGAAAUUGAACGAUUAAAUGUAAGCUAAAUUAACGAUUUUUCUGAACUCUAAUGCGAAAAAGAAAAAGAAAUAACAAUCAAAUCCAAAAUCGAAUCAAAUCGAAUUGAGUGAAUUAUUACGAAUGGAUUCGCACGAAACGGAUUCGAAGUCGUCGUCAAGGAAUUUAAACAGCAAAUUAACCGAACAAGUAGUCACCGACCUCUCGAUUGAUGCCGAUUCGAGUGCGACACUAACAAGCAGCAGUAGCAUUGCCAAUACGAACGAACACAAGGGCAAUGGCAUUACUAUUCAAUCCAAUCACGAACACAAUGUACCUGAUAAUUCACAGCAAUCGCAUCAUGCGCAUCAAUCGAAAGUGCCACAUACCCGAUCUACAUCGAUGACCGGCGAUAUGGUGACCAAUAUUGCAUCCACAUCUGAUGUGGCCACAAACAGCCCUGGCAUAUCAUCAUCACGUAAAAGUAAACAACGUAAAUCCGAUUCAUCAUCAUCGUCACCAGCCAUGUCACCAUCAUAUAUCCAAAAAAAAAUACACUGUGUAAAUAAAGUAGAUGUGAUGCAUUCAAAUGACAAUAAAGAGAAUGUUCCUGGUAUACAUGGCCAGUAUGGAAGUCCAGUGGAACAUCGUUUGGAUUCGCCAAAGUAUGCGCUCCAACAAAAUUCACCAAACACACCAUUAUCAAGUUAUAAGAGUCCACCAAGUACACAUUCAUCACCAAUGUAUACCGCACACGAGCCCCGUACCGAUUGUAAUAUUUUCACAUAUUCACCCCUUAUCACCGAACCGUUCAAAAACUCGACAUACUUUCAUUUUCCCGAUGUUGACACACCGUCACCUUUGGCAACAUCACAAGAGGCAUCUCGAGCCCAUACUCAACAACUGUCGGCCACUACGUUCAGUACCCUCAACAAUAACAAUGUGAUCAUUGCAACGGAUGACAAGCAAAACAAUCAAGCCACUUUAAUAAACAACAACAAUAAUAACAACUACAAUAGAAGCAAUUACAGCAGUAGUAACAUUCAAAUUGUAACAUCGGAUGAAUGCUGUAGCAGUGCACCAAAGCCAAAAGCAAAAGAGACGGACGGGCGACGAGCACGUUUAAAGUCAAUUUCUUUGGAUUCGGAUAGUGCCAAAAUGGUGGAGGGGAAUCUUUGUAUUCCAGUUGAAGAGCUAAUGGAACGUGCAAUGGCUCAAACGACAUCAUCAUUUGAUGAAAGUACACCAUUUCAUUCGCCGGCCAAAUUAACAUCGGCCGAACAUCAAUCGCAUACGAAAUGCUUAUCAAAAAAUAUCAAUCAUUUGGUAUUGGAUUUAACGAUUAAAGAUGAUUCAUUGCCAACGGUUGAUUAUCAAUCGUCGCCAAGCGACACAAAAGAUGAACAUUUCAAAUUUACAUUGUCAAGAUCGAAAUCGACAACACCAAAAACACCAACACUCACACAAACUCGACAAAAGGCCGUUUCACUGGAUUCAGAACCAUCAAUUAAGUAUGAUAGAGAAUGUACGAUGUCGGGCAUGGGCCCAUCGGAAUUGAUGGGACCGCAUCAAUCCGGUGUUGGCGGUCAAAUGGCAAUGAUGCGAAAUAAACCACAUUUAUUGUCGAAUUUUUUGUGUGUUGAAAGUAAUGCAUCAAUGUCGGUACCGACCACACCACGACGUCAGCAAAUCCUUAAAAAUUCAUUGAGCAAAUUGAAUACCAACAAAGGGAUUGGACAUCGAAAAUCUGGUUUUGCAUCGAGCGCUGAAUAUUUUGCGAGUAAAAAAGCGGCCGAACGUAAAUGUAACGAAAAAUUACAAUUGAAUCCAGAAACUGAGCCGAUAUUAGAGGGAACGGUGGUUGAUUAUUACGAUGAUGUGUAUGCAUGCGAUCAUGAAAAUACGAGCAGCUUUGAAACCAGCACAGACGAUGUCGAUUGUGACAUAAUCUGUGGGUCGGCAAAUAGUUUAAUUACCAAUUGUGGCAUCAGUGGCAGCGGUGGCGGAGGCGGUGGCGGAGGCGGUGGCGGAACAAACAAUCAUAGUAAUAAUAAUACGGGCAGCAAUUUUUUGGGCUUUCGAAGUAAUAUGAGUGCGGCCGGUCUAAGUUUAUCAAAUUAUAGUUUAUCAAACUUUCAAGGUUCACAUUGCAGUCUAACACGUUCCAAUUACAAUAUAUUUGGAAUGACGACGGCAGCAGCAGCGACAGCAACAUUGACGGCUGCAUCAUCUGGCGCUGUAAAUCAAUCAAUAAAUAGUCAAAAUGUACCUAAACCAUGUUUGGCGACCAGUAAAUUUUUUGCACCAUCGACAGCGACAACGGUCGCGCCAUCAUCAUUCACAUCAUCGACAACAGCACAUCAACAUUAUCAACCGACGACAAUCAGCAGUAAUAGUACAACGAUACCGAGCUCACGAUCAAAUUUUUGCAUGAAAAAGAAUUUACUUCAACGUCGCGGUUCGAAUACAAGUUUAACAUUAAAUAUUGUUGGUGGUGCGCAUACAGUAAAUAGUAGUACACAAAUGCAAUCGACAUUGAAUCGUUUCAAUAGUCAUAAUUCAUUGAAUGUUAUGAGCAGACAAUUUGAUAUGCAACGUGCCAAUACAACAUUAGCAACGACUAAAAAAGGUUUAUUAGAACGACGAAAUUCAAAUGCCAGUCUAACGCUACAAUUGGAAUGUCGAUCGAAUAUACAAAAACGUGCGCUCAGCACAUCAAAUUGCUAUUUUCGCGGUUCGGAUCUAAGCUUAAACAGUAGCAAUAAUUUUGAAUCUCAUUUAGAAGAUCAUCGAAUAUGCACAAUGUGCGGUGGUGGUGGAAUAUUAAAGAAAACAACAAAACGAUCAACAUCGGCAUCGGGAUGCAAUAGUGAUAGUCGACGCGGUGUUCAAACACAUUAUCAAACUCACGAGACAAAUUCGGAAGAUGCGCUUGAUGACGAUGACGAUGACGACGACGACGACGACGACGAUGACGAUGACGAUGACGAUGAUGAUAAAAAAUCAAUCGGCUAUGAUGACAAUCGAACAGCAGCGAAUCGUACGGGUUGUCGAAAAUUUUUUAGUUCGGAAAAUUUAAACGUUCAUAAUACAUUUUCAUUGUGUCAACCGCCAAUAAAAACGAGUUCAGUGGUCGAUUUAAAUCAAUCGAAUAGCGAAAUGGACGAUGUUUAUGAUGAUCAAGAUACAACAUAUUGCCCAUGUACAACAUCAAUCAUACGAAAUAUCACAACAAAACCAUUAAGCCCACAAACCACAUCCGAAGAUUUUAAAAUUUAUUUGGCAAAUAUACAAAUUUUACAAAAUGCAUCGAAUAUAUUAACCGAUCAUAAAUUAACAACGCUUAGCAAUGUAUUUAAUCGAAGCUAUGGCAGAAUGGCUGCAAUUGAUGGCCGAACAAAUGUCAGCAAUGAUGACGAUGACAAAACAUGCAAAUCGUGCGAAACAACGUGUACAAUUUGUAAAACAUGUAAAUCAUGUCUAACUAAAUGCCAUUGUGAACAGAAUUUUCUACUUACCAAUUUGCAUCAGGAGUUCUGGGACUUACCAACCAAUUACCAAGAGAAACCGCUUGUGUUCGGCUCACAAGUGAAAAAUCGAUAUAAAACCAUUUUGCCAAACGAACAUUCGCGUGUCAUUCUUGAUGCGGAAUUCGAUGCAACUAGUCAAGCAAGAGAGCAACCCACAUCUGAAUUGUACAUCAAUGCCAAUUAUAUUAAGGGUCCUGAUUAUACUCAAAACUCUUACAUUGCCACACAAGGACCGUUAACAAAUACCAUUUAUGAUUUUUGGCUAAUGGUUUAUCAAAAUUACAAGAAAAAUCUUAAAUCAAAUGGUGGCAAUGUGGAUACAUUGCCGUUUCAACAAAAAAUCGCAAUGCUCACCGAUAUAAUUGAAAAUGAUGAAUCAAAAUGUGCAAUUUAUUUUCCACAAAAUGUCAAUCGAUUUCUAUGCUUUCUAAGCAAUGAUGAGCGACGCCAAAAAGAUAGCCAACAAUCACAAAAUCAACUGGAUACAUAUUUUGCGGCCCAUGAAUGUGAAUGGUUUGAUUUAGCGCAACCAAAUGAAAUUCAUACGGAAGUAAUUGGUGAACAUUUGCUCGAUUUUCCAAAGUUUAAUUUCAAUUUUUUUGCUAUAAAAACGGUUGAUUGUCUGAACAAAGGCGGAUACACAAUACGAAAAUUUCAUUGCAUGUAUCAUACAUUUGAGCGACAAAAUAAGGGCAUAACAGUGAUUGAUAGUGAUGUAAAUGUGGCAUUAACACCGGCCGUUGAACACGAACGUAAAGUACAACUUUUUGUUGUAUAUCAUUAUUGGUUUCCACAUUGGCCCGAUCAUCGUUCGCCCGAAAAUGUUGACGUCGUACUCGACAUGUGUAUUAAUCUUAUCGAUUCGGAUUGUGAACAAGAACUAUUAUACGCACAUAAUGAUCUCUCAGCCAAUGACGCAGCAGCUACGAAAUUUAAAACUGGCGAAGAUUCAACACAACAAAGUGCGAAUGAACUUCAAAUGAAUAAGAUACACAGCAUGCCAACGAUGCUAAAUCAAAUACCAUUCAAUGGAACUAUUCCCGUUAUUCAUUGUUCGGCUGGGAUUGGGCGAACUGGUUGUGUGGCAGCUAUUUUGAAUGGUUUACGUCAAUUGCGUUUGAGCUAUUUAUCGUCGUCAACGUCAUCAUCAUUAAAUGCUGACACAACAACGAAACAUGCGUCCGUCGAUGUGUUGGGCAUAGUAAGCAAUUUGAGGCUACAGCGUGGUGGAAUGGUGCAAAACAGUGAACAGUAUGAGUUAAUUCAUCGAGCUUUAUGCCUAUAUCAUCAACGCUACUUAUCGAAAUAAAGCAAACCAACCAUUUUUUUUGAUGUGUUUUUAAAUUGAUGUCUGCAAUGAACAAAUCGAACAAAGAACAAUCAAGAGUUUAUUCAAGUAUGGAUAUGCUACAAUAUUAUUUUCUAAAAUAAAAAAAUCGUGAUGUUGACAGCGCCAAAACAACAACCCGACCGAAAUUGAUUACCGAUAAAAUGUUCGUUUUGGUUUAUGUCGGUCAAUUCGUCAUUUUACUGCAAUAAAAUUUUGGCAUAAACAAAAAAAGAAAUCAAUUCGAAUACCCAAAUGAAUGAAAACCAGAUACUUACACAAAAAAAAAUAUGAAUAUACAUUUGAAAUUUAGAGACAUUUGUGUACAUGGAUAUUUUAGUGAAAUAGAAAAAAAAAACCGAACCUAAAACACUAAUUCAGUGUAUUAAUAUGAUGAAUGUGUGAUUUUCCUAUUACUUUUUUUAUAUCCAUAUACUGUAUGAUAUACAAAUGUGAAUAGAAACAGAUUCAAAUUCCAUUGCUACAUAAAUCUUUGAUAAAUCAAGGAACACAAUUGUUGGAUGUACAUCAUCUCUUUAUGAUAUUGGGGUUAUUUUUUGUAUAGAUAAUUUCAUGUAUAUUUUCCGUCAUAUCCGUGUAUGAUUCGCAUCCAAAAUCAGUUCUUCAUCAUCCAUACACGCAACGGCAACGCCGAAUAUCGAGUAAUUCUCAGAUCAAACGAGUUCUAAUGAUUAUGAGUUUUAUGAUUAAUUCAAAACGCAAUAUCGAAUGAUCGCUAAACGAAAAAGAUUACCGUAUAUUUCUUAUUUUUGGCAAGAGAACUUUUUGCAAGACUUGAUAACAAUUUUUGAAUAUAUAUAUUGACAAUUUUUCCAAAGUUUAUUUACAAACACAGAGAGGACUUUUUUGUUAAUGAAAAAAUGACGUUUGAGUAUGAUUGACUUAAAAAAAAAAAAAAUAAUAAUAACCUGUGGCAUUUCAAGUGAUCAAAUAUGUUUUCAUUGUAGAAUUUUUGUCGAUUUUUUUUUCAUUUUUGGAUUAAGUCACAGUCAAAAACCAAAUUAGAAUCAUUUUCGUUUAUUCUUUUUGUGAAUUCUUCAUGUGCCACGAAUACUUAUCCAAAAUGAAACUAGGCAUUUUUGUUUUUCGUACAUUUUUUUUCGGUUAAAAUUUCCGACUUCUGUCACAUGGUGAAUCUUUUUUUUGGUGUUAUGUCUUGCUUUUUUGUGUAAUAUUUCUAUAAGGAAAGUAAAAAAAUUGCCGCCACAUACUUUAAUGCGCCGAUUUUUUCAUAUCGUUUUUUUGGAACAUUGGUGGAAGACAUUUGAAUCAGAUGGAGAGUCAAUGAGAUUAUAUAAUUUUAUUUAUUUAUACAAAAACAAAAGAAAAAACUUGUCAUUUUUUGAAAACAUUUGAAAUUCUUCCAGUUUUUCUCUUUACUUUUUAUACCAUGGAAAAAUAAGAGUAUGUUGCACAGAGAGAUAUUUCAUUGAUGAUCAAUCUUAAUUUCGAUUUCCGUAAUUAAGUGAUUCAAUUGUAAUUUUGCCAGAAUUGACUGAUGAAUUUGUUAGUUCAGCUGUGAAGAAGUCGACCUGUACUUUUGAUGCUAUCAUUUGUGAAAAUCAGUGCCUAGAAUAAGAUUCACAAAGACACAUUUUUUUUAAAAAUGUCCCUCUCCAUUCAAUUUGAAUAAACACAUUUUCCCAGUUCUUUAUUCACUGGUUCUAAAAAAGACCCAGAUUAAUUACCUUUUUGAGUGGCUCUUUCAUGUGAUGCAACAUCGGUUUUGAGUCGAUUCGACAUUUAUUCGAAUCAAAAUAUCAUAAGGAACGACAAAUAAAAUUGAAUAGGAUUAUAAUAUAGAUGGGAGGAAUGAAAGUUGGUUUCGUCGAUGGUAAAACCACAUUUCUGUAUGGCUAUGUAUGUCAAUUUAAUUAUACCCGAUAAAAAAAAAUAUAUUGAAAGAAAGUAUGUGUAAUAGAAAGAAUAUUUAAUUUAUUCAGGAGCAUCGGUUGUGGUGGCUAUAUAAACCAUAACUUGUUCGAUAAAAAUUGCUACUUAUUUUAGGCACUGAUACGAGUAUUGUUCAUAAGAGUAAGGAAAUAGAAAGAAAUGAAAGAAAUAUAUAUAUAUACUUUAUCAUAUAGACAAAUUGAAAAUGAAUGAUUUAAGAAAUUACAUAAAUAUAUGGAGAAUAUAUUAUAAAUGGAAAGUGAAAUGAAAUCACUGUAAACAAACCUGUACCUACUGUGUGAAUUUUUAAAUAAAUGAACAACAAUAAUUCAAUGAA